GCCGUGGGUGACACGUAAGUUGGGUGGGAGGCGGUGGCGGCCGAGGCUCCACAAACCCGACAGUGACAGCCGCCCGCCAUCCCCCAAACCCGGGCGAGCACCCAGCCCCCACGAGUCACCCACACCCCCGCGGGCCGCACGCGGAGGCGCCGCCUGGAGCCCGGGUCCCUUUGUUGGGCGCGCACCCCCUCCUUUUGGUGGCAACAAAGUCGCGCAGUGGGAACCGCCGCGAGGGGGCGGGGAGCGGCCAGGGCGGGACUCCGAGUGCCGCCGGGGGCAGCCGGGCCAAAAAGUGGGGAGGCGGAAAAAGGCAGGCGGAUCGGCGGAGGACAUCCCGCUCAGAAGUAUGCGGAGGGCCCCCUCCCGGGCCCCGGCACUCGCGGAGAGCCUGCCUCGCAAAAGUUUGGCGGCUGCCCGGGCGGCGUCGAUGGCUGCGCGCCCCGCGGCGCGUGGGGGCUGAGCAGGCGCCACUUCCCCCUCGGCCCCGCUUUUGUGUCUCGCGUCUCCUCCCUAUGCUGCGUCCGGCCACCUCCUGCGGCGGCCGCUGCUGAGGGCUCGCUCGGGCCGAGGCGAGGAGGGGACGGCGGCGGCGGGGACGGCCGCGGCGCGCGGUCCGGCGGGGACUAUGGGAAACGGGAUGUGCUCCCGAAAGCAGAAGCGGAUCUUCCAGACGCUGCUCCUGCUGACCGUGGUCUUCGGCUUUCUCUACGGCGCGAUGCUCUACUAUGAGCUGCAGACGCAGCUGCGGAAAGCCGAGGCGGUGGCGCUCAAGUACCAGCAGCACCAGGAGUCCCUUUCCGCCCAGUUACAAGUUGUGUAUGAACACAGAUCAAGAUUAGAAAAAUCCUUGCAAAAGGAAAGACUUGAACAUAAGAAAGCAAAAGAAGAUUUUCUUGUUUAUAAGUUAGAAGCACAAGAAACACUAAAUAAAGGAAGGCAAGAUUCCAAUAGUAGAUACAGUGCAUUGAAUGUGCAGCAUCAGAUGUUGAAAAGUCAACACGAGGAGCUGAAGAAACAGCACAGCGACUUGGAAGAGGAACACCGCAGACAAGGCGAGGACUUCAGCAGGACGUUCAAUGACCAUAAGCAGAAGUACCUACAGCUGCAGCAAGAGAAAGAACAGGAACUUUCUAAGCUGAAAGAGACCGUGUACAAUUUGAGAGAAGAGAAUAGACAACUAAGGAAAGCACACCAAGACAUACACACACAGCUUCAAGACGUCAAGCAACAGCAUAAGAAUUUACUCUCCGAGCAUGAACAUCUUGUAGUGACUUUGGAAGACCACAAGAGUGCACUAGCGGCUGCACAGACUCAAGUUGCAGAGUAUAAACAACUGAAGGAUACUCUGAAUAGGAUUCCCAGCUUUCGAAGAGCAGAACCAGCCGAGCAGCCAAGUGUUACUCAGGUGGCACAUUCCCCACAAGGUGAUGCCACAGCCCGGGAGCAUCUGGCCGGAGAGCCACAGGAGGUGUCUCGGAGUAGUGAUGUGUGGCAGCAGCAUGGAGUGGCGCCUCGGAGAACAGAAGAAACAAAACUCGACCCUCCCACCCAGAAGGAGGCCGAACUGCAGGCUCCCGCAGAGCUGAACCAGCCACAGGCGGCAGCCCGAGAGCCCGAGGGGCGGCAGGUGGAAGAGGAGCACAGAAAGGCCCUGGAGGAGGAGGCCAUGGAGCAGGUGGGGCAGGCGGAGCACCUGGAGGAGGAGCACGACCCGUCCCCCGAGGAGCAGGACCGGCAGUGGAAGGACCCGAGGGCACAGAGAGAAGACGCCAACCUUCUCGAAGGGCUUGCUCGUGCUGAGGUGCACCCUUCAGCGGAGCCGGUUACCAAAUUCCGAUCCCCCUACGAGGAGCAGCUGGAACAGCAGAGACUGGCGGCCAGGCGCGCGGAGGAGGCCCAGCGGCUGCGGGAGCAGCAGGAGGCUCUGCACCAGCAGAGGCUGCAGGGCCACCUGCUGAGGCAGCAGCAGCAGCAGCAGCUUCUCGCCCAGGAGAUGGCCCGGCAGAGGCAGGCCCGGCGCGAGGAGGGGCAUCCUCAGCGCCCCGAGCAGCUACGGCAGCAAGCUCAUUAUGAUGCUAUGGAUAAUGAUAUUGUUCAGGGAGCGGAGGACCAGGGCAUCCAAGAAGAAGAAGGAGCCUAUGAGCGAGACAACCAGCACCAGGAUGAGGCAGAAGAAGACCCAGAGAAUGGACACGAGCCUCGGGAACAAGGGCUCCAUGAAGCAGACCCAGAGUCCGAGGCAGACAGGGCAGCUGUGGAGGAUAUAAACCCCGCAGAUGACCCCAACAAUCAAGGCGAAGAUGAAUUCGAGGAGGCCGAGCAAGCAAGAGAAGAAAAUUUGCCAGAUGAAAACGAAGAGCAAAAGCAGAGUCACCUGAAGCAGGGGAAUGCAGAGGUGGAGGAGCACCUGGUGAUGGCCGGAAAUCCAGACCAGCAGGAGGAUAACGUCGAUGAGCAGUACCAGGAGGAGGGUGAGGAGGAGGUCCAGGAAGAUUUGACUGAAGAGAAAAAAAGGGAACUGGAGCGUAAUGCUGAAGAGCCCUAUGGUGAAAACGAUGAAAACGCCGAUGAGAAAAACACUGAUGGAGAGGAACACGAAGUUCGAGAAGACAACCCCCCCAAAGGCCGGGAGGAGCACUAUGAGGAGGAGGAAGAGGAGGAGGAGGACGGGGCAGCUGUUGCCGAGAAGUCCCAGCGAAGAGCUGAAAUGUAGCUGCGCCCGCGUCCCAGACUGUGCUCCGCCGACGGGCUCCUUACACGCUGCUCAGAAAUGAACCUGCCUACUGAACUCGAGGAUAUUUAAUUACAAAAAUUGGGAAUUUAGACUUUUUUUAAACUUUUGUAUUAGAAGUGCUCGUACAUUUAUAUGAAUAUAUUUUGAUAACCUAUGUUAGAGCUUAUUUUAUAUUCAAACUAAACCUGAGCAAGAAGAAAACAAAGCAAAACUGAGGCCCCGAAUCUCAUUUAGCGAAGAUUACGGGAUGUUGCAAAGGACAUCGGUUUUGUAUGUUUCAACUUGUUACUUUUCUGUCUUCUGUUGUUGGCCUUUGAUAAAAUACAGGAUUCCAAAGGAAGAAAUACUGCAAAAAUGCUGUGUAGACUUGAAGGAGAAUGGCCAGUUUGCUAACUGUUCCCUUUUCGAGGUUCUUGUGUAUAAUUAUGAUAGAAUUUUCAUCCGUCUGUGUAUCUUGAAUAACAUCCAUGUACAGAGUGGCAUUGCUUUUCAGACUUGUCAGAUCAGUUAGAAAAAUAGUGGGCUUUACUGAAAACUACAGCUAUUCUUCUUGAAAGGAAUUAAAUGUAAAUGUGAGAUGGUACUAAAAUUCAUGGAACAGUAGUCUGGGCUUAGAUAUUUCAGUAUUCCAACAAGGUGUGAUGCCUUACUUAGUAUAUUAACCUUUUUGGAGGACUGACACGUUUAAUAACUAAUUUGCUGUGUAUGGGUGUUAUUUUCUACAUGAGCACCCAUUCUUAUAUUUUUCCGAAGCCACCUGGUGAUAUCCUUGUUUCAUUAUCUAGUUCCCUACUGUAAUAUGUAUUUACCCUGUGUGCUCUGUACCUCAAUGUGUAAUCACUUUGAUGACAAGUAUGAAUAUGAAGGCAAACCAGAUUGUACAAUUGAACAGGAUUAUAUUUUAAACUAUAUGGUGAGGUACACAUGGUGGUAGGAUAGACCCAGAUGACUUCUCCGAUGGCUGGGGUUGGGUCUGCAUUAUGCCCACAGACAGGCAUUUUAGUGAUGAUGAAUUAUAAAAAUUCCUUAAAAUAAAGAAGUGAAAAAUCAAAAAUUUCCCUUGGAAUAGAAACAUUUUGGUCUCAAGCAUAAAGAUUUUUAGAUAUAUAAAAUUAGGUUAUAUAAUUCGUGUGGUUUUGUAAUAAUACUCUCAAAUUAAUAAAAACAAAUUUCAAUUUCUACCAUUGUUGUAUGAAUGUAAUUUUAUUUUUAGUAACCACAUUCAUGUAUGGUUUUGAUUGUCUCAGUUGAGUGAUUGUGUAUGUAUGCAUAGGAUUGUUUGUUCAAAUGUAUUUUGGAUUUUCAGUAAUCAUAAAUCAAAUUCUACCUUUAUGUGUAAAAAAACCCUUUAUGUAAUGUAAAAUGUGUAAUAUUGUACAUAA